CCGCCAUUUGCUAUUUUAGCGCGAGUUACUCAAUAAUGCUGACGAGCUUGGUGUGAAAGGAAGCGAAGUACAAGUAUCCAAGUAGUUUUGGCAACAAAGAGACAGUGCUUUCUGUACACAAUUAUUUAUUCUUUGUGAUAACAUUUAAGUUAUUCGUUGACAAUUUGUUUUUUUCUUUAUUUUUAACUAUUUCCAAAAUGUUUGAAGCAAGAUUAGUACAAGGUUCUUUGUUAAAGAAGGUUUUAGAAGCCGUGAAAGACUUGCUUAGUGAAGCAAUUUUUGACUGUAGUAGUACGGGAAUAGCAUUACAAGCUAUGGACAGUUCUCAUGUCAGUUUAGUAUCUUUGAAUAUCAGAAGUGAUGGAUUUGAAACUUACAGAUGCGACAGAAAUUUAUCAAUGGGAAUGAAUCUGGCAACCAUGUCAAAAAUACUUAAAUGUGCAGGCAAUGAUGAUGUGAUUACUAUGAAGGCCAGUGACAAUGCAGAUACUGUCACAUUUAUGUUCGAAUCUCAAAAUAAUGAAAAGGUUUCGGAUUAUGAAAUGAAACUGUUGGACAUUGAUGCUGAACAGUUGGGAAUUCCAGACACAGAAUACAGCAGUGUUGUUAAACUGCCAUCAGGAGAAUUCCAGAGAAUAUGUAGAGAUUUGAGUCAGUUUGGAGACUCUGUUGUGAUAUGCUGUACUAAAGAAGGUGUUAAAUUUUCAACAAGUGGAGACACUGGAUCAGGGAACAUAAAAUUGGCACAGAACUCAAGCUCGGACAAAGAAGAGGAAGCAGUCAUCAUUGAAAUGAAUCAAGCAGUCUCUCUAACCUUUGCAUUGCGUUAUUUGAAUUAUUUUGCCAAGGCAACCCCAUUAUCACCACAAGUCUGUCUGUCAAUGUCCCAGGAUGUCCCAUUAGUUGUCGAGUACAAGAUCGCAGACAUGGGCUUUCUCAAAUAUUACCUGGCACCAAAAAUUGAAGAACAGGAUGAAAAUUAGAAAACAAUUACACAAACAUAUGAAUGAAAUUUUGCAUAAAUUAUUAUAUAAAUGUACAGGUCAAA